AUGGAAUUAAAUUAUCUAGUCAUCAUUGCAAUUUGUGUUGUUCUUGGGACAGCGCAUUAUUUAAUCAGACAACGACAUCAACCUACUCAAUGGAUCAUUCGCGAUGCGAAUAAAGCUAAACAAGUACUUAAUAACUACGACACUGCUUCUCGGGCAAGGUCAAAUCAGAGAUUGCAUUUUACUUUUGGAAUUUCAAAUCCCUUUACCAAUCCAGAUGAUAAGUAUCGUCACGAAUUCCGUAAAGUUAUUGCUAAAUCCAUCAAAUUGGAUGAUAAAGAGUGGCAAAAUAUUAAAGACAUUGUUCUAAAAACCGUAAACGAUUAUACUCAUUUGGAAACGAGUCAAGAUAGUGUCGUUGUCGAAAUUGUUCCAUGGAUUCAGCAAAUAACGUUAAAUGUUGUUCUCCGUGGUUACUUAGGAAUGACGAACAUUGACAAUGUUAUCGAUGAAGUUCCCAGCAUGAUCAACAACCUUUGGCUCAUAUCUAAAGAACUCGAUUGCAUAACGGCAAGACAGGACGAAAAUUUGAAAUUCAUGUUGAAAACAAAUUGUCUGUUCAAAGAUCUCUUCAAUAUGAAAGCAUCGUCAAGACCUCAACAUAAAAAGCAAAAUAAGACCCGUAAUGUGAUGGAGGAAAUCUCAAAAAUAGCUCGUUCUCGUUUUCCAUGCGCUUUUAAUAAAGUACCCUCAAGUGUUGCCGACGCAGCCGAUCUUUCCGAAUUAAACAAAGGAUUCCAUAAUCCUUCAGGCGAUGACUUGGUAAAUUCUCUCAAUGUUAUAAUUCCCGCGUACGAAACAAUGUGGAGGGUUGUUCUUUACGCUAUUUUAGAGAUCAAGAUACGCCCCUUAUUGAGAAACAAAGAAACCACUGAAGGGAUUUAUAAUACCAACUUUGAAAAUCUCGGUAAUGCAGUCAAAGUUUUUCUGGAAAAUCCAAAACCUAAAAUACUGAAGCAUGAUUCCAGAGUUACUCCACUUUGGCAUGUUAUACAAGAAACCUUGCGACUUUAUCCUCCAACACGACAUAUUCAUCGGGAAAAAGAAGGUCUCAAGGUUACCGUCGAUGUGGAGGCAAUUCAUCGUGAUCCCAAAAUUUGGGGUGAAGAUGCUCUCUUGUUUAAGCCUAAGCGAUUCCACGAAAAGCCGGAAGAGGCUUCAUUCAUACCAUUCUCGACUGGUUCUAUGAAAUGUGUAGCUUCCGAAACAUUUGCCCCAACAUUUGCUGCCAUUAUCAUCUCAGCUAUUUUAGAUCGCGUGAACAAUGUCGCUCUGAAUCAAGAAACUAAAGGAACAUUAUUUCAGAAAGAAAAUGGUCCUUUUGAAAAUAAUCGUCGUGCCUUUGACAAUGUUAAAAUCAAAAUAUAUUGA